ACCUUGACAGAGGAGCAACAGCUGCAGAGCCACAGAUGGCAAAUGAGAGCAGUUAUUCGGACGAACAGCCCAUCGCACGAUGCUGCUCAAGUUCCGCUGCUUCGCGUUCUAAGAGUCCUAUUAUUAGGACAUCUUAUAGGUGCUUUGAGCCAGAACAAUUAUGUAUUGCAGUCCGCGUCUACAUCACCGUUUUUGCAAGAACAAGCAUGUGCACCCGUACCUCAAUUCACGCCAUUACGCAAAGGUCAUUGACAGCGACGUACGAGCGUUAUGAACGACGCGUCAAUGUAUAAAAGCCAGCCCACAUCAGCAGUAGGUUUCGCCGGAAUCCACUCAAGGUUCACCCUUUGCGUCGCUUCUACGCUGCACUAUGUCCGCUGUCAAACUCUCCUGGAUGGCGCUCACGGUCGCCGUCCUUGUGACCUCGGUCUCAGCAUUGAACAUCUUGCUCACGAAUGAUGAUAGCUGGGCAUCCGCAAACGUUCGCGCAACUUACUCCGCGUUGAAGUCUGAUGGACAUGACGUGAUCCUCGUAGGACCGGCAGUGCAACAGUCAGGCAAGGGAGGAACAGUUGUCUUCCCUACUGUAAACAUCACCGCUCCUGGUGGAGAAUUCGGCAGUAUUCCUGUUGGUGCACCGUUCUUCGGGAAGGCUGUUGAUGAUCCAAAUAUCUUCUAUUUCAAUGGUACACCCGCGGCGACGGCUUUGUUUGCAUUGGACGUUGUGAUUCCACAAUUCUGGGACAACAAAACGAUUAACCUCGUCGUCUCUGGUCCUAACGAAGGCCAAAAUAACGGUCCAUUCUUGUAUACGCUCAGUGGCACCAUCGGGGCGGCAUAUGCAUCGAUAGAGAGAGGCGUUCCGGCAAUUGCUCUUUCAGCUGGCAACAGCACGCACCGUUCAUUCACCACUAACACCGGUCAGGCCGAUGACCCCGCUAACAUUGCUGGACGUCUCAGCGCUAACUUGGUUGCUGCGCUUGCUAGUGGCUUCGAUGGAGUCUCGCGUCUUCUCCCUCUCGGGGUCGGACUUGGAGUGAACUUUCCGAUAUUCGGUCCUGGUAGCAAUUGCUCUGCACCUCCGUUUACUCUCACCCGAAUGACCGGUGGAGCAACCAUCGAUAAAGUAUCUAUCAACGCUACUACAGGAUUCCCUCAAUUCGCCGACUUUAUCGCGCCAGGGUUGAACACUGUACACAGCGGUUCACCCAUUCUUCCUGGUGAAACACCUAUUAGUGCCGGAUGUCAAACAUCUCUGCACCUCAUGCCUCUCUUUGGAAAGACUCAGUUGACUGCACAGACGUGAAGUUGGAUUCUAAUUGAAAGGGUUUCACGAUGCUCAGAGUUCACAUAUGUGAUAGUAUGACGAUGAUGAAAACGAUGACAGAAUUCGAUUAUCAUGUUUAUAAUACAUAGUACAACUACGACUAUCUACCACGAAUAAGACCUGCGAAAAAGGUAGAGGGACGUAAGCACAC